UCGAGGGCAAUGGUACAGCUUCGGCAAACCAACGGCUUACGAUUAGCACUGAUCGUCAGCUGUUUCUGCGUGACAUUAGCCACCGCCGUUCCAGUAGUGGAGAUAGAGAAUGGUCCAAUUAUCGGUGAAGAUCGUGGAGCGUACUUUGCAUUCGAAGGUAUUCCCUACGCAAAACCUCCCACCGGUGAACGUCGAUUCGCUGCGUCGGUCCUCAAUGACGAGACGUGGAGUGAGCCACGCAACACUUCCAGCCUUGGACCGUACUGUAUGCAAUGGAGCCAUACGAUCCAGGAAAAGGAUAAGCUGUUCGGAGAGGAAGACUGUCUGUACCUUAACGUCUACACAACCUCGCUGCAAGAAUCGGCCGGACUAUCGACACUGUUCUACAUCCAUGGCGGUGCGUUUAUGUUCGGUGGUGGUGGAUUCUUCUCCCCCAAGCACGUUCUGCGUAAAUCGAUGAUUAUGGUUACUUUUAACUAUCGUGUCGGUCCGCUCGGUUUUCUCAGCACCGAGGACGAUGUGAUACCGGGCAAUUUCGGGCUAAAAGAUCAGGUAACGGCCCUGCAGUGGGUAAAGCGAAACAUUCACCACUUUGGCGGUGAUCCGAGACGGGUUUCGUUGGUAGGCUUUUCUGCUGGUGGUGCAAGCGUCCAUCUGCACUACCUGUCACCGAUGUCACGUGGACUGUUUCAGAACGGAAUUGCCCACAGCGGUACCGCCCUUAAUCCGUGGGUAAUGGCAGAAGAUUCUGCACGUAAAGCGCACCAAAUUGCUCAAGGACUCGGUUGCCCGGUAGAAGAUCAAUCAAGCCAAUCGCUACUGUUGUGUUUGCGCGAUCGCCCAGCGGAAGACAUCGUCCGACAGGUGCCUUUUUUGCUUGAUUAUCUGUACAAUCCCUUCUCACCGCUAGGGGUAGUGAUCGAGAAGCAAAGCAAACUCAACCGACGACCAUUUUUGGCCGAUCAUCCGGCGGUACUUUCGCGCAAGGGAAAAUUAACCAAAGCUCCACUGGUACUGUCCGUAACGCAGGGUGAAGGUUUGUAUCCGGGUGCGGAGUUUAUAAGCCAGCCGGACUAUCUUCGAGACAUUGAUGCGCGCUGGUACGAUCUGUUGCCAAGCAUUUUGGACUAUAAAACCGCCGUCUCGGACGUGAAAAAGCGUGACGAGCUAUCAAAAACAAUCAGCGAGCGUUACUUCGGGGCGGAACGCAAACUUUCCUUAGACAACUUUCGGGAUUUUGUAUCGAUUCUGUCGAACCGCUUGUUCUUUGCCGGUGUUACAAAAACAGCCAAACUUCUUCAACCUCACAUGCCGGUUUACUUCUACUAUUUUAACUUCAAAACGGAGUACGGCAUCGGAGAGUUAAUUUCGGGUACGGAUGAAAACUAUGGCGUGGCACACGGUGAGGACGUCCUGUUAGUGCUUCCAUCCGGAAUGCGAGGCAACCGUCCACUCAACAAAGAUGAGCAGCGUGUUGUUUCCAACUUUAUAAACCUGUACGACACAUUCACCCAAGGACAGGAGCCCAAAUACGGUGUCCAUGUACUUCCGGUGCAAAACAUAACCGGCAAAUUACAGUACAUGGAAGUAAAGGAAGCGAACUGUGAGACAUGCGGCCUAACAAAGACGGCAUACGGCGUUAGCGAUGAAGAGUUCUGGGACACGCUAGACUUUAACGAUGAACCACCGCGAAAGGUUGUACAACGCGACCAGCCACACACUGAGCUGUGA